UUUCCUAAGCUGGCCAAGAAGAGAAAGCCAAGGAGGCUAGCCGAAGCUGGCUGGGCACCUCAGUUUGGGGGCUGGCUAAGUUGACUCUCGUUUUCCUUCUCUUUUUUUAAAAAAGAAAAUAACGUCGGGAAUGUGGCUUGCUGGGUUCCGUGCGGUUUCUCACUGUUUCUCUUUGCUGCCCGUUGAUUACCUGCCCUCUUUUCCUGAAGGGCAGGAAAUGAACUUCUGUGCUUUCAAAAGGCAAAGCCAAAGAUGGCAGCUGAGCUUUUUUGGAGAAGUCAGAGUAGGUCCCAUCAGGGGGCAGAUCAUGGCCCAGCUGCCCGUGAAAAAACGGCGUCCUCCUCGGGCUGAGCCUGGUCCUCAGCCGGCUAACUCAGAGGUCCCGGUGCGUUUCCCCGAAGUGGUGCUUGGCCUGGUUGAGAAGAGGAUGGGCAGUAGCCGGAAGACGUUCCUGACCUCCUUGGCUCUCAGCAGAGGUUUUUCUGUAGAUGAUCCCCGCAGUGAGAAAGUAACUCACAUUGUGUCCGAAGGCAAUUCUGGAGAUGAGGUGGUUGAGUGGCUGAAGAAGAAUGGAAGGCCACCUGCCAAAGCCAUAGGAGAUGGGCCAGCUCUGCUGGACCUCAGCUGGUUCACUGAGAGCAUGGGUGCCGGGCGCCCUGUUGAGAUUGAACUCAGGCACCGUCUGAAGGUGACUACUCCGAUAGCGCCACUAGAAGAAAAAGGCCAGGUGCCUCCCUACAUCUGCCAGAGACGGACUCCCCUGCACCACCACAACUCCACACUCACGGAUGCUCUAGAAACCAUGGCAGAAGAGGCUAAAUUCACGGGCAGUGAAGUUCGGAGCUUGGCCUUUUCCAGAGCUGCUUCGGUGCUUAAGUCCCUGCCUUGGAAGGUCAGCAGAAUUCAGCAACUCUACCCCGUGCCCGGCAUCGGAGAGCAUUCGCGGAGAAUUAUCCAGGAAAUGCUGGAAGAUGGCCUUUCUGCAGAGGUGGAGAAAGUUAGACAAUCUGAGAGAUACCGGACAAUGAAGCUUUUCACCAAGAUCUUUGGAGUUGGGAUACGGAUAGCCAGCCAGUGGUACCAGGAGGGGCUCAGGUCCCUUGCUGACUUACAGCUGCACCAGAUAAAACUGAAUAAAGAACAGCAAGCAGGACUUCUUCAUUAUGAGGACCUGAAUACCCCCGUGGAGCUCUGGGAAGCCGAGGCCAUCAGCCAGGUGGUGCACAAGGUGGUUGAGGAGGUUUUGCCUGGAACGAUGGUCAUGCUGACUGGAGGAUUUAGGAGAGGGAAGCCAUGUGGCCAUGACGUGGACCUGCUCAUCACCCAUCCUUCUGAAGGUCAAGAACUGGGACUUUUGCGCAAAGUCAUCAGUGUCCUGGAGAGCCAGGGCUUCUUGCUGUAUCAUAGUUUCCACCGAAGCAGCUUUCUCUCCCUCGAAGAUGAAGAGCUGUGGGUUAGCGGCGGUUCAAGCACCAUGGACCACUUUGAGCGCUGCCUCUCCAUCUUCCAUCUUGGGAAUCUUGCUGGAAGCCAUCCAGGGGGCGCAGGGCUUCAGAAGCUCGACGCCUCAGCGGGGCCCGGUGCAUCUUGUCCCCGGACAGCUGUGCGGGUGGACUUGGUGGUGACCCCCUUCAGCCAGUUUCCUUUUGCCUUGCUUGGCUGGACCGGCUCACGGAAUUUUGAACGAGACCUUCGCCGUUUCUCUAAGCGUGAGAAGAAGAUGACCCUCAACAGCCAUGGCCUCUAUCACCUGGAGCAGAAAAUUUUCCUGCCCGCUGCCUCCGAGGAAGAGAUUUUUCAGCAUUUAGGACUGGAGUAUCUACCGCCUGAAGAGAGAAAUGCUUGAGCUUUUGUUGUGCAAAGCAGUUUUUUCACCCUGUGGAAUUCACAAAUGAAUGAGAACCAGCCAGGUUACACUUCAUAUAACCUUCACUCUGUGUGUGUGUGUGUGUGUGUGUGUGUGUGUGUGAUCUAAGACAUAAUUUAUUUCUGGAUUGUGUCAAUGGAACUUUAGGAAAUACAUCACGUUUUUUUUCAUA